AUGGCAAAAGUACGCGAGUAUACCGAGCCUAGCAUCUACAACGAUCACAUUCAAAACUUCAACAAUGCUGGUCAGCCUACCACGCAGCAGGGAUGGCUUCGUCGUGCCAAGGAGGUUUCGGACAUUCUGGGGCAAGAUGCUGCUCAGAGAGACAUUGAAAACAAGUCGCCAAGGGCCGAGGUUGCAUUGUUGAAGGCAGCAGGUCUGCUGAAGAUCCUCGGGCCAAGCAAGUAUGGCGGAGGAGGACAAAGCUGGGAGACUGGAUACAAAGUCAUUAGGGAGGUUGCCAAAGGCGACGGGUCUCUGGGCAUGUUGCUUGGAUAUCACUUGUUAUGGUCAACCACGGCGAAUGUCGUUGGUACAGAGGAACAGCAGGACAGCGUCCAGCAAGUCAUCAUCGAGAAUAACUGGUUCGUUGGCGGAGCUGUAAACCCCCGGGACAGCGACUUGAAAAUUACGAGCGAGGGCAAUGAGAUCGUGUUCAAUGGGUUCAAGAACUUCAACACUGGUAUGGCCCGAGAGAUUAAUCUUCUUAGGCUCAGCACGACUGACGUCUCGCAGGUGGCGUUGUGUCGGAUCUUACCGUACUCGAGGGAGUGCUCGACGGCACCGAAGACCAUAUCUUCACGUUCGUCAAAACGGACCAGCCUGGCAUCCAAUUUCUGCACAAUUGGGAUAACGUCGGUCUACGGUUGACAGAGUCUGGCAGUGUUAAGAUUGAGAACGUCCGAGUGCCAUGGUCUGAUGCUCUUGGUUGGGAUCCCCAGAAUAAGCGCCCAGUCCAACACGUUCUGGGCGUUCCGUUCGCCUCCUUGCUGCUUCCUACCAUCCAGCUGGUCUUUGCUAAUUUCUACCUUGGCAUCGCACAAGGUGCCUUGGGAGCUGCUUCCCUCUAUACAAUCAAUUCGACACGGGCUUGGCCUUUUGGAGGCGAUAAUAAGGACAAGGCUGCAGACGAAUGGUACAUUCUCGAACGCUAUGGCGAAUAUCGUGCUCACCUUGCGGCUGCGGAUGCUCUCGCCGAUCGCGCCGGGGCGGAGAUUGCCAGUGCUUAUCGCGAGGGUGGACAGUAUGGCUCAUCUGUUGACGAGCAGAAUUGGAGCCAUCUCGUGAAUCCGAACUACCUCCAUUCUCGCGUGGACGACAAUGGUGCUCUUCUCAAGACAGACCCGCCGUACACUAUCACUACCUCGGCAAGCUUCCAGAAUGUGGAUGCUGAAACGAAGACGGACGGCGCAACAAAUGGCCACGCUCGCAAAGGACGCGCUGGCAUCACUGCCGAGCGUCGUGGUGAGGUUGCGGCCUUGGUCGCGCACGCCAAGGUUGUCACCACCGAUACGGGCCUCUCCGUGACCAGCGGUAUCUUUGAGAUGCUCGGCGCCCGUGCUACGGGCAAGAAGUAUGGAUUCGACCGAUACUGGAGAGAUAUCCGCACCCAUUCCUUGCAUGACCCUGUGGCUUACAAGAAGCGUGAGGUCGGCAGGUAUCAACUCUUGGGGGAAAUUCCGGAGCCGACCUGGUACACGUAG